UGUAGGCACGAAACCUGUUACCAGAUCGCUUUGGCCAUCAAGGACGAAGUCGAGGAUCUUGAGAAGGGUGGAAUCGGUGUCAUUCAGAUUGAUGAGGCUGCACUUAGAGAAGGACUUCCACUCAGGAAAUCCGAGCAUGCUUUCUACUUGGACUGGGCUGUUCAGUCUUUCAGAAUCACCAACUGUGGAGUCCAAGACAGCACCCAGAUCCACACUCACAUGUGCUACUCCCACUUCAACGACAUCCACUCUCCAAGAAUACCAUCUUCUGAGGAAAUCGCAGACAGGGUGUGAACAAGAUGCUUGCUGUCCUAGAGCAGAACAUCCUUUGGGUUAACCCUGACUGUGGUCUUAAGACCCGUAAGUACACCGAGGUUAAGCCCGCCCUCAAGAACAUGGUUGAUGCCGCCAAGCUUAUCCGUUCCCAGCUCGCCAGUGCCAAGUGAAGAAAA